ACUUGACGUCUCGACGGCAUCGGAACGGUAUGUGAAGACUACCACGAGGCAUGAACUAAUCAUGAGCUGGAGGUAUAAGUAAUCUAUAUCGGCCACUCUCCUUCCCUUCUGUCACACUUAACCUUCUUUCAUUCACGUAACUUGAUUCGAAUUUUCUUCAGUAACAUGUCUGCAGAGCAAAGCACAGGUCACAUAAGGCCUGACGGCUCUAAGAAUACCUUUCCCCAUCCCUUGGACCCUCUAUCUGUUGCCGAGUCAGAUGCUGUGCGGGAAGCUAUUCUUCGAAAGCAAGGACAAAAUGUCGCUAUUCACUUCCGCUCCAUCUUCCUCGAAGAACCACCUAAGAAAGACCUGACCAUAUUUCUUGAUCUUGAAAGUGCUGGCAAAAUUACAUCGCGAACUCCGCGCCCAGCUCGAGUUGCUAAGGUUUUAUAUGAUGUCAUUAGAAGCAGCAGAUACCAUGAGUACAUGGAAUCAUGGAUUGACGUUAAGCUCGGAAAAGAGAUUCGGCACCGGAGUAUCGAUAAGAAGCAUCAAGCAGCUUUGACACUUAAUGAGUUUCAGCAAUUUUCCGAGUCUUGCAUUGAGUCGCCAAUGUUCAAGGCAGCGGUGGCUGAGUUCAAUCUUCCCGGAGGCUUCGUUGUCACCAUUGAUCCUUGGCCUUAUGGAGGACCGGACUUCGAUGAACAGGCUCCACGAUAUACUCAAGGACUCUGCUUCGCAAAAGACACCCGUUCCGGAAACGAAGACUCAAAUCACUAUGGCUAUCCCUUACCCAUCAUUCCUAUCAUGGAUACUUACAGCAGAGAGAUCGUGAGGAUAGAUAGGCUAGCGACAGGUGGUAAAGAAGAUGGUUUGGCGUACGGGACGCAUAUUAAAGACAUCAUUGCUCAUUGUUCGCCAUCUGAAUAUGUCCCAGAGCUGCUCGGACAACCACUGCGCGCGGAUAUGAAGCCUUUGAAUGUCAUCCAACCAGAAGGUCCAUCAUUCCAAAUCGAUGGACACCUAAUCCAAUGGCAGAAAUGGAGGUUCAGACUCGGAUUCACACCUAGAGAAGGUGCAGUUCUGCAUGAUGUUCGCUAUGAUGGAAGGAGCGUGCUCUAUAGACUCAGUCUGAGUGAGAUGACUGUACCCUACGGUGAUCCAAGACCACCAUUUCAACGUAAACAAGCUUUCGACUUUGGUGAUGCCGGAGCUGGUCGAGCAGCUAAUAACUUGGCUCUCGGUUGUGACUGCCUGGGCGUUAUAAAGUACUUUGAUGCAGUCAUGACUGAGCCUGAUGGAAAAGCCAGUGUAUCCAAAAAUGUGGUCUGUCUGCAUGAGCAAGAUAACGGCAUUGGUUGGAAACACACCAAUUUCAGGACCGAUCGGGCUGUCGUGACACGUCUAAGGGAACUCGUUGUGCAGUUCAUCAUCACUUUAGCGAAUUACGAGUAUAUCUUUGCAUUCAAAUUAGAUCAAGCAGGAGGCAUCACUGUCGAAACUAGAGCUACUGGAAUCGUGUCUGUAGUGAACAUUGAUCCAGGAAAGACUAGUCCAUGGGGCAAUAUUGUGUCCGCGGGGGCACUUGCACAAAAUCACCAGCACCUUUUCUGCAUCAGAAUUGACCCUGCCGUGGACGGCAACAAGAAUACUGUUGUUAUUGAAGAGAGCCUUCCAAUGCCAAUGUCGAAAGAGCUUAAUCCAUAUGGGAGUGGCUAUGAGGUCCGACAAACUCCGGUCAAAACGUCAAAGUUCUUUGAUGCCUCGCCCAUGACAAAUUUGACGGUGAAGAUUACAAAUCCACAGAAAUUGAAUCCAGUUUCAGGGAAACCAGUGGCGUACAAAUUUAUUCCUACAGCAUCGCAGCUUCUUCUAGCUCAUCCUGACAGCAUUAUGGCAAAACGAGCUCAGUUUGCUCAACAUCAUGUUUGGGUUACCAAGUAUAAAGACGCCGAGUUCUGGGCCGGUGGUGAGUUCACAAACCAGAGCCAAAAAGAAGUAGACGGUGUUGCAGAUGCAGUGGCAAGACAUGAGAAUGUUGAGAAUGACGAUGUGGUCCUGUGGAACACGUUCGGCCUAACUCAUAACCCCAGAGUCGAAGACUGGCCUGUGAUGCCAGUGGAGAUUCACCAGAUUCACAUUAAACCAUCAGACUUUUUCUCGGCAAAUCCUGCUAUUGAUGUGCCUGGAAGCAAGAACACAGCAUCGGUACUAGCGCCCGAAUCUCAGUCAUGCUGUGAGAGCGGAGAUGUUCAGAAAGCUGCGGCGUCUCAUCUGCAAGGAUCUGGUCCGGAUCUGGAUCCGAAAUCCAAGCUGUAGGUACUUUGUUGGAUAUGUGCGUCUAAGAUGCCAGUUGCCGCACUCGCGAAAAUUUCGUAGAAAACGACCUUUGGGACAGAAUGAACUUGUGGAAUAUCAAACCUAGUCUCGCAAGAGAAACAUGAACACUACUUUCUUGACAAUAAACCACUUGAGUUUCAC